AUGUUAUUUCUGUCGGCAAAAGCCGAAAGCAUCUGGGUCCCGAACAAGCCCAUCGACCCCGACACUCCACUUUGUGCAUCUCAAAUUGCGCUGGCAAAUCGUGCAUGUGCAGUCCUGCCUUACACACCCGUGCCUCCACCGAGCCCUCCGGCCCCUCUGAGCACUCCUGCUGGACCCGGCAGCAGACACUGCCGCAGGCGCGAACACGAACACGAACACGGUCACAGACACUGGAGACGAGACGCGGCGCGCGAAGAGGAAUGCUGCCGGUGGUUGAAGGAAGUUGAUAAUGCGUGUGUUUGUGAUGUGUUGCUUCACUUGCCGUCGUUUCUUACUAGGCCUGUGCACAAUUACGUUGUUAUCGUCGAUGAUACGUGCGAUGUUAAGUUUGAGUGUGGUUCAAGGUUGGUUGGACUCUAA